AUGGCUUGCAAUACUACUUUGGUCUUCACAUUGUCUCUUCUCCUCGCCCUCGUCUUCUCUAACAAGUACUCACCAUGCCACGCCGCUCGCCUUCUGCUACAAGUCACCGGGAAUCCAGAACUCCUUCCUUUCCCUGAAAUCCCAGCUUUUCCCAAGCCCGAAUUGCCUCCGUUUCCCGAGCUUCCUCCCUUCCCUGAAUUCCCCGCUUUCCCUCAACCCGAACUCCCCCCAUUACCAGAAUUCCCCACACUGACAAAACAGGGAGAGUCUGAUUCGGCGAAGGUGGAAGAGCCGAAGCUGUUCGAGCCCGAGCUGCCUCCGUUGCCCGAGAUCCCUCUUGACUUGCCGAAGCCCGAGCUUCCGCCAUUGCCGGAGAUCCCAGAUGGCUUGUCGAAGCCUGAGCUUCCGCCAUUGCCCGAGAUCCCUCAUGACCUGCCGAAGGUGGAGCUUCCGCCAGUGCCGGAGAUUCCUCACUAAUUCCCAGAAGAGCCAAAGCUGCAACCAUAAACUUCUCACCAUAGUCCUUGUCUUGCUUUGUAGUCGAUUAAUCAAUUCUAUCUUAUAUUAAUAUUGCUACCGAAAUAUUAAUACGAAUAUAAUGAU